ACUGCCGGUGCAGCAUACACACACUGAGGGCUGCGAUGUGACUGUUUACAAGAGGAAUACAGCGUGUUUCUGUGGGAUUUUCUCUCUACUGUCAGCCGGAUAAUGCGAGAGUACAGGCGGGGAGUCAUGUUGGCCAUGCGGGCCACUUGUGUUGCGGUUCUUCUCUGUGUGCUGAGUUCGGUGUGCGCAGUCGAAGAGACAGUGAUGGAUACAAGGACGGCCACAGCAGAGCUUGGCUGGAUCUCGUUCCCUGCCAAUGGGUGGGAGGAGGUGAGCGGCUAUGAUGAGAACCUCAACACCAUCAGGACGUACCAGGUGUGCAACGUGUUUGAGCCGAGCCAGAACAACUGGCUUCUCACGACUUACAUCGACCGGCGGGCGGCGCAGCGCAUCUACGUGGAGAUCCGCUUCACCGUCCGCGACUGUGCCUCCAUCCCCAGCGUCCUGGGCUCCUGCAAGGAGACCUUCAACCUGUACUACCUGGAGACUGAGAGGGCCGUGUCAGAGGGCAUCAAAGGGAUGGAGUACUGGGCCAAUGCCCCUUUCCUUAAGGUGGACACCAUCGCAGCAGAUGAGAGUUUCUCCCAGGUUGAUUUUGGGGGAAGACUAAUGAAGGUGAACACAGAAGUUAGGAGUUUCGGACCGUUGUCCAAAGGCAAAGGUUUCCACUUGGCCUUCCAGGAUCUUGGAGCCUGCAUGUCCCUCCUGGCUGUCAGAGUGUUCUACAAGAAAUGUCCCAGCGUGGUUCAGAACUUCGCUUUUUUCCCAGAGACCCUGACUGGAGCAGAGUCCACCUCAUUAGUCAUCGCUAGAGGAAGUUGUAUUCCCAAUGCUGAGGAAGUCGACGUGCCCAUAAAGCUCUACUGUAACGGAGAUGGGGAGUGGAUGGUGCCCAUCGGCAGCUGCAGCUGUAAGGCGGGGUUUGAACCGGACAAUGGCAACGUUUGCAGAGCAUGCCCACAGGGCACCUUUAAGUCGUUCCAGGGGGCAGGUUUAUGUCAGCAAUGUCCACUCAACAGUCGCUCCACCAUCGAGGCCGCCACCCUCUGUGGAUGCCGCAACGGAUAUUACCGUGGAGACAUGGACAAAGCAGAGGACGUGUGCACAAGUGUCCCUUCGGCUCCUCGUAACGUGGUCUCAGUCGUCAACCAGACAUCAGUGAUGGUGGAGUGGCACCCACCGCGGGAUAUCGGGCACCGUGAAGACCUGUCGUAUAACGUCCUGUGCCGCCGAUGCCAUAGCAACGAGCGCCGAGCGUGUCAGCCGUGUGACGACAGCGUGGCAUUUAUUCCGGGCAAGCAAGGGUUAAAGGAAACAAUGGUGGAGAUCAGCAAGCUGCGGGCCCACACAUCAUACACCUUCGAAAUUCAGGCAGUCAACGGAGUAUCCAACAAAAGCCCUUAUCCCGCCCAACAACUGUCAAUCAACAUUACAACCAAUCAGGCGGCUCCCUCUGUAGUUCCCAUAAUGCACCAAGUGAGUUCAACAAGUCGCAGUUUCUCGUUGUCAUGGCCACCGCCCGAGCAGCCCAACGGAAUUAUCCUCGACUACGAGAUACUAUACUUUGACAAGUCCCUGUCCUCAUCACUGAACAGUUCAAUGGUCCAGAGCAAGAUUCCCAAUGUGGUUCUGGAGGGUCUGAGGCCAGGGACCGGAUACGUGGUCCAGGUGAGGGCCCGCACUGUGGCUGGAUAUGGUGCCUACAGCAAGGAUAUGCUCUUCCAAACGCUCACCGACGAUGAGUAUAAGUCAGAGCUUGGACAGCAGCUCUCUCUGAUUGCAGGCUCUUUAGUUGGUGGAGUGUGUAUCGUAUCAUUGGUUGCUAUUGGCAUCAUCUGUACCAGGAGGAGGCAGUUGAAGGAGAGUGUGUACGGUGACAAGCUGCAGCAGUACAACGCAGGAGGAGAGGUGACAAUGAGGCCGGACAUGUUCAGCGGGCCAACCCCUACUGUGACCUUUCCCACAAUGUCUGAUGGUCAUAGUUCACCGGGGGUCAAGAUCUACAUUGACCCCUUCACCUAUGAGGACCCCAACGAGGCAGUAAGGGAGUUCGCCAAGGAAAUCGACCCCUCCUGUGUCAAAAUAGAGGAAGUCAUCGGAUCAGGUGAGUUUGGGGAGGUGUACAAAGGUCGCCUGAAGCCGGUCGGGAAGAAAGAGAUUCCUGUGGCCAUAAAGACCCUGAAGGUCGGCUUCUCUGAGAGGCAGAGGAGGGACUUCCUGUCCGAGGCAUCCAUCAUGGGCCAGUUUGACCAACCGAACAUCAUCAGACUGGAGGGCGUGGUCACCAAGAACAGGCCCACGAUGAUCAUCACAGAGUUCAUGGAAAACGGAGCUCUUGAUUCAUUUCUCAGGCAAAAUGAUGGGCAGUUCCCAGUGAUCCAGCUGGUGGGUAUGCUGAGAGGCAUCACGUCUGGAAUGAGGUACCUGGCGGAAAUGAGUUAUGUUCACAGGGACCUGGCUGCUCGGAACAUCCUGGUGAACAGUAACUUGGUGUGUAAGGUGUCUGACUUUGGAUUAUCACGAUAUCUGGAGGAGGACACCUCUGACCCGACCUACACCAGCUCACUGGGAGGUAAAAUCCCAGUGCGCUGGACGGCCCCGGAGGCCAUUGCAUACAGGAAGUUUACGUCGGCCUCAGAUGUCUGGAGUUACGGGAUAGUCACCUGGGAGGUGAUGGCAUACGGAGAGAGGCCUUACUGGGACAUGAGCAACCAAGAUGUGAUAAAUGCCAUCGAGCAGGACUUCAGGCUGCCAGCGCCCAUGGACUGUCCCGUAGUGCUGCACCAGCUGAUGUUGGACUGCUGGCAGAAAGACAGGAACUCGCGACCAAAGUUCCCCGAUCUCGUCAGCAUGUUGGACAAAAUGAUACGCAAUCCUGCAUCCCUCAAAACCGGCACUAAUAACAUCCCUCCUGCACCUUCCCAUCAUCCCUUGUUAGACCGCGGGGCUCCAGACCUGAGCAGCGUGAGCUCCGUGGAGGAUUGGCUGGCUGCGUUGAAGAUGACCCAGUACAGAGACUCCUUCCUGGGCUCCGGCUUCACAUCUUUGCCACUCGUCACAGAUAUCACAGCCGAAGAUCUUCAGAGGAUCGGAGUGGCUCUAGCUGGACACCAGAAGAAGAUCCUGACCAGUGUUCAGUCGAUGAGGCACAACAUCGAUGACCAGUCUCCUACGGAAUCUGUGUAACCACAGAGGAGUGAUACAGUACGAAAUAUUUGACGAGUGUACAGUCUGAGCGAGCAGGCUGUCAUCUCUUCACACGUCUGUUUUACCCUCAUUCACUUUUGUUCACCACUCCUGGAUAUAAACCACUCUACAUGUUUUUAAAUCACUGUGGCUGUUUUUGUGGCCUCAUGACUACGAGUCGACGGACAGACCCAUUUCACACCUUUUAGUAAACUGACAAAGACUAAAUGCAAGAGGGAAAAACAAAGCAGAAAAUAGUGUCUGGACUCACUGUAAUGGGUACAAUCCCAACUGACCAUCCCUUUUCAUCACAAAUCUCUGUGGAGGAUCAGUUUUUACCAGCUUGACUGGUUGAUUCAAGGAUCAAUGAUUAGAGGACUAUGAAUCUCACAAACAUGCUACUGUGAAGAGAAAACUGACAUUGAUAUACAGAAACACAAACUGGCCUAAAAGCCUGAGAAAGAGUCUUUUGAAACAGUGUUUCCGGAGAGCCCUCACAGACGGUCUUAUCUCCAUAACGUUUCGUUGAGACUGCUUCAGUGUGUUGGUGAAAAUUGCUACAAUUUGAAUCCAGGCGAGAGACAAAAGUUAAAUGGGACUUUUUGAAUCUAUCUUCAUAUUGAAGAGUCUGUACAUAUUAUGAUAUGGGAUUUGUAUUUCCCAUUUGCUCAUUAUUUCACUUUCUCUACAGCAUCAAACAAUUAAUUGUGUUUCGGUGUUUUGUGAGCUCUCUAUGAUUAUCUUCCUCUGCCUGACUCAUCACUGGAACAAACUUUAAAGUUGACUGCAGACAAAAGAAAAUGGAAAAAAUAGGUUUCAUGGUGCUGUGUUUGACUCCUUUUUAUGCAGCAAAAGAAAGAAGAUAAACCCUUUCACAGAGAGAGCUUGAAAAGCUUGGCCUACUUAAAAUACUUAAUUCAGAGGUUACUCAUUAUGGAUGAUGUUUUACAAUCAGCGCACAUGCCCUCUGAGUAAAGGCAAUUAUAGACCAGGAAACCAAAAUCAGAUAAAGAAAUAUGAAACCAGAGCAGUGUUAUACGUCCGUUUCCUAUCUGGGAAGCAACUUGAGAGUGUGGGAGAAGAGGAAAGCAGCUUAGGAGACUGUGGAUAUUGAGUCAUUACCAGCUGCUGAGGAGCACCUGUUGAGAAGAAACAGCAGUGGCCAGAUUAUCCUGAAAGGCUGAAAAAGUAUUCCCAUCCAAUGUUCUUGUGAUUUGGCUGCAAACACUUAAGCCGACUGCCAGUCAGGCAUUAAUACAACACAAGAACAAACCAGAAAUCCAAUGCUCAUGUACUGUUCACGCGUGAAACAAAUCUAAUUUCUGUCAAAGAUGGUAUGGCCGCCGUCCAGAUGGUAAUCGCUCGACAGCAGGCAGGCAGGGGCCUUUGUUUCAACUCCUUUUUUCAUUCUCUGGCUGCUGAACACGUCCCAUGUUGUUAGAUUCUGUUGUGACAGCAACAUUUCCUCCAGAUUGACAUCAGUGAUUAAUAUUGUUGUGUCAGAUUGCAGAUGAAAUGAAAUGAAGUGACCUAUUCACGUCUGUGGACGGCAACCUUUACGCAACACUCGUUCACACGCAACAAUGAUUGAUUUUUUUCAGACAUGUCAGAGAAGGGGAACUAACAGGAAAAGAUAGUAAAAUGCUGGAAGGGUCAAGAAGGGAAUCAGAGGCUUGUUUGUCAUGAUUCUGUGCGGAAAUGCGAGGUUUGAUGCACCGGUCCUGACACACUGUAAUAUCAAGAAUGCCUAAUCUGUUUUAUCUGAACGCUGAGCAGAUUACCAGCUGUAACAGAAAGCCUUCAGCCCAAACCUCUAGUCAUGGGUUUGCUCCCACAUCCCGAGGAUUACCAGUCUGCAGCACUGAUUGGAUGUUGUAUUUUGAGUUGUCAUCCCCUUAGAGCCGUGCACACAAAAUAAGUGACAGUAUUAAGUUGUUUCCAUUCAACUCGUUUCACCGCUAACAUGUCCUACAGCACUAUGUUUGGAGCAGCCCUCACUCUGUUUAUUUAGGAGCAUUGUGACAUUGAGAGGUCUAUGACUAUUUGAAACUUCCAAAAAUGUGCCACUUUUUUUGGGCUACCCAAAAUUGCAUUUGUUGCCCGGCAACUAGAGCUUAUUGAACAUUUUAUGAGGAAAUAUUGAGAUCAACUGGGAGGGUGUCAGUGGUUCAGAGGCAUAAUGGUUGUAAAUAAAUGUCUGAGCAGAAACAGUGGCAGCGCUGGAUCGGGGGUUUAACAGAGAGCAAGAUGAUAAGUGUGCCCAAAUCCUCAUAUUGAACGCCAUCUAAAAAAUAUGUCAUGCAGAAGAAAUGAAAGCAAUCAUCCCAGACAGGCUUAUACAAGUAUUAUGUUGCAUUUAGCUAAGUGUGAUUAAUCUAUCCUUUGCUCUAUGUUCCUCUAUUUACCAAGGUUAGAUGUGAGCUUUCAGAGGGUUACCUGACCCUGUGUCAGUGUUUGAGAAUGAUCUACAGUUGGCUUUGUAUUUAUACCAUGACAUGUCUUGGUUUGAGCACAGAGAGGAUAACUCAGGAAACGGAUGUGAGGUUUUCUUUUACAUUGCUGCAUAAAAUGCGAUAAUUGAUUGGUAAAUCUUGCACUAUAUACUAAGAUUAAUACGAGAUUAAGUGCUUUAUAAGCGCUCCUGAGAUAAAUUGUUUUUUGAUGUUAUUUUUCUGAAGUGCUUAUUAAAAGUGAAAUCCACCCUAAAUCCAACCCAUAAAAGAAAGGAGCAUAUAACGUAAUGCUUUAAAAGUGUUCUGUUUGUGAAAGUAAAUAAGAUGUUACACAAAAAACAUUGAGAUACGCUUUGAGGCAAUGAAUAAUAGCAAGAUUUCAGAGGCUUCCUGAUAAUAUCAUUGCAGAAUGCCUCCGCACGUCUCCUAGUUCACGGCUAAAUUACAUUUUUAAUCCUUUUUAUUAAAAGUGGAGAGUUUGACAUCAAGCUUUUCAAGUGCUUCUCUUUUUGUAUGGAGAGUUUUUAGUUAGAAAGAUCACCAAGCUUCUAAUGAAACUCCAUCCUUGACAUUUUUGCAACUAUUUGUUAUUCAUUACUAUUUUACGCACAUAUAUUGUGCUUUUUCACUGUAGACCAUUAUUAGAUUUAAAAAUAGUUCUCAGACAUCAGCUGUGUGCCAUCCUAUGCUACAUUACAAAGUAAAUCACACUGUUUACACUUUACACUGGGAAAGUAUGUCCAAAAAUAUGAUUAUUUAGUUAACUGAAUUUGCAUCUGUGCAUGUAUUCAGUGUUCAGCACCAAGGCAUAUCGUUUGUCUCUUUUAGGUAUCACAAAAACUAUAUAUCCUUCUAAGACUCAGGACAUCUGUUAGAUUUGAUUUCCCAGUGUUCUUCAUUACUUUUAUCUAGUUUAUCGCAGCAUUCUUGGUACAUUAUCACCAUCUGUGAUUACAGUAGUGUGAAACCAUUUCAAAUCAUGGAUGCAUGUUCCUACAGUAUGCAUGUGAGCUUGCAAAAAGAUGAAUGAAGAAUAACCUUUAAUUUGAUAAAUAUUGUUACCCCAAUUACAGUUUACCUUGUGUUAAACCAACAAAUAUCCACUCCUGAAUAACUCAUAUUUAUGAAUGCGAGUGAAACAAGCGUUCUAACUCAUCUCCAGAGUUGUUUUUAGACCGCCUUGAAUCCUUUUUUGAUGCAAUAGCACAUGGAUUCUUGAGAUAGGGUAGCUAACAAAUCCACCCAAGAUAAAGUAUCCCUGUGUUUAUUAGAAUAAGGAAUGGGACUUUUAUGCACAAAGAGGCACCCAAAACAGCUCCUCUUGCUUCACAUCCCCAUACAGCACUGUUUUGAGCUACUGUCAUGAUUAAAGGUGGAUAUCCCCUAUAAAAGAAAAGAUAGAAAUAUGCCUCUAUUUUGACAUAACAUAAUCAUAAUCUUGUGGAUUUAGUGUUACAGGAACCUUUGUGGAAACUUGCUGCUCUGAAAAAAGUUAGCAUGUAUCCGUGUCCACAGUCUCAAAUUCAGGUUUGCUGUUCCACUCAAUGGGGACGACAGUUGAAUAGUGGUACAAAUGGCAGCAGACAAAAGCCCUUGCUCUCUGUUACUGAGGGACUGACACCCAAACCUGACAUUUACUGCAGAUGUGUAAGAUAGAGAAAUCCAUUCAGAAUCCACUGCAUCUGUGGUGGGCGUAUAACAACAUGAUGUUACAUUGUCUCUGGCCAAUUAACCACGGAAUGGGAUAAAAGUAACAAUAUUCGACAAAAUAGGCAGAGAAAUGCGAGGUGUGUCACCACCUCUAAGUGCUUUAGGGUGGAUUCAUCUUUUAAAGGCAUUUCUUUUUCUGGAGGCUUCUCUCCUCUCCUGUUGCUCUGGUGUAAUAGAUAUGGUAGGUGAGGCUGGAGAUGAGAGGGAAAGAGUGAAAGGGAAUAUGGAAUAGAUGGGGCCAGAGGAGAAAUAUUACAGAAGGAAAAGGAGGGGGUGAAGCAGAGCUCGACACUGGUGUUUGAAUAAAAAUGAGGCUGGGUGUGGAGAGAUUACUCUUUCUUUUUUUGUCUCCCUCUCUCCCUGCUCUACCCAGCCGUCCUCUUUCUUCUGCUAAAGCCUCUCUGUACAACUCACUCUGCUUCCACUCUGUAUCUCCACUGACUAACAGCUCACUUUUCUUCUUAGAUGCAUGUUUUCUCAAAAACAUUUUGACUUGCAUCUCCUGAUGAUGUACAUUAAAUCACACAAACCCUUCAGUGUGGUUUCAAGGAGAGCAUUUAUCCCAAAACUGUGAACGUCAAGGUCUUCUUUACCCACAAAUGGCAGAUGUAUUGUGUUCUUCAUGUGUUAGGUCAUUCACAGUGUUUGAUCAAAUAACUAAAACAGUCUGGCUAAAGACACAUGCAGAAAAAAGUGUUUUUCUACUUUUAUUGAAUUUUAAUUUAUUUAGUUUCCUAUUGCUUGCCAUUGUUUUCAGUAUGUGUGUAAUGUAUUGGUUUCUCUUGAAAAAAGAACAGCUCAGUAAUCAGCUGUAGUCUGCCUUUCUCUGUUUACCUGAAACUGUUAUAGGUGUUACUGCUUUUAUUAUUGGAGCAGCCCACUGUAAUGUACUAUAAUGCUGUAAUAUACCGUGAGUAUGCGUGCAUCUGUGUGUGUGCUCGCUGGUGUGAGUGUGUGUGUGUGUAAUAUAAUGUGCGUGUGCUCCUCCGUGUACAGUACAAUGUUUGUAUAUCGUGCGUGUGUGAGUUUGUAGCUGUUAACUUCCUGAGUCUUACAUUUACAAUGCACUGUUUGUCAAUAAAGAAGACAAAGCAAUCAA